CCUAAAUUUCUAGGGUUUUCUCAUUCAAUAUUUCGUUGAUAAUGGCUGAUCUCACAUCUGAUUUACGCAAUUUGGCUACGAUGGCUGAUGGGUUAGUGACUGAAGGUUCUCCUUCGCCUAAGGGGAGUUCGCACAUCGUGAAAGAUUUACUGUUGGAGAGGGAUUUGUUAACAUUGAUGGACAUCGUGAAGCGAAAUGGGGGUAAAAAUCAGUCUUCUGCCUCUGAGAUCGUUUUGGGUAUGAGCCCUAGGGCUUCAAUUGGGGUUCAGUCCGAGGUCCCAACUCCUAGUUCCUUUGUCGAAGCUAUGGGUGGUCUCUGUUUCGAGAUCCGAGACCUUGCUCAGCAACAAAAGCUUUGUUUUGGGGGAGAAGUGGCGUCGAGCCCUGCCGUUGUUCAUUCGCAGCACUGCUACAAAUGUUGAGAUUGAGUUGCCUGUUCCAGCCGAUGCUAACAACCCAAAUGUUUGGACAUCAUUGGGAUCUGCUUCAUAUGCACCAGAAAAUGAUGCUUUGAUCUGGAAAAUUAAAUCUUUUCCUGGUGGUAAGGAAUAUAUGCUUAGAGCGGAGUAUACUCUUCCCAGUAUAACAUCUGAAGACGCAGCUCCUGAGAGAAAAGCUUCUAUACGUGUGAAGUUUGAGAUACCAUAUUUUGUUGUUUCAGGAAUCCAGGUUUCCCUUCUCAAAUACAAUUUUUUUUUAUUUUAAUUUUUUAUUGAAUAGAAAAUUCAGAUAUUGUUGCAUGUAUAUCUGCAAUGCUUCAUUCUUUCUGUGUUUGCUGUGUUUGCGUCUUUUUUUUCAUUUUUUUUAAUCUAUCUAGACAAAGGUGGAAUGGAUAAA